AUGCCCAAAGUGGUAUAUACAGGUGUAUUAGUCGCACUAUUUUUACCGUUAGACCUUACCGCCAUUGCUUACAGUGUACAUUAUACCACUAAAUUAUCUGAUAGAAAUCCACUUAAAACUCUAGAAUCCACUAGUAUCAAAUAUUCACUAUUAUCUGUACCCAGUGAUAAUACACCAGAUAUAAGUGUAGAUAACACUGAUCAACUAUUGGAUUGGAAUAUUAGGAAAACUGGAUACAGACUUGGUACUCUUAAUAAACGACUGAGAAAGGCUAGAAAGUCAAAAUGUGUAUUGCACGCCACUUUCACUUCAAAUUCCCCGUCUUCUUCUAUUCCAUUACAGGAACAUAAUAAUGCCCAAUCAAUUAAGUUCCUCAAAGCAGAAUUGAAAAUCGUAAUUUGGCUUAGAAAAUCGCUUUUUCAGCUAAAAAAAUCACUAGGUACUUCUACCACUAGUGUAGUAUCGAAUAGUAAAGUACUUGAGCUUCUGGAGAAAUAUAGGACCAAAAAAGAGAAACUUAAUCGGUCCAAAUUAUCCACUUUUGAUAAUACUAAAGGAUUAAACAGUUCAUACCGUGGAAGUGAGCUAAAAUUCACAUUAGACAAUCUCCAUGAUAAAUUUGUUUGUAAUAAAAAGUUAAAAUCUAUCAAAAAUUCAAAAUUUCAAUCUUCACAUAAAGCCAAUUACUCCAAACGAAUCAAUCAGAUUGAUAAAAGUGCUACACUGGAUACGAUUGAUAACUAUAAUAAUUUCCAAUAUUUUUUCAAAAAUUUGAAAAAUAAAUUUAAUUCAUCGCAUAUCGCAAAGGAUGAAAGCCCUAUCCAAAAACGGCCCACCUUCAAACGACCACCUCAGGGCAUUUAA